AUGCGUCAGCCUGCCACUGAAAGGGGCCAGCACAGCCAUGCCCAUGUCAGCGAACAGCACGUAGAGGAGGAAAUCGCCGAGAUCAAGAGAUAUGAGGACUUUACAACCAUAGAUUGGGUUCAAGAUGCUGCCCGCGAACAGGCUCGGCGCCGAGCACGACGGCGGGAGGUCGCCAGCCUCUACGAUCACGGCCCUCCAGGCUUGAGACAGCGCCUAUGGAUCACAUACGACGCAAUCCAGGGCUGGCUAGUAAUCACCUUGAUCGGCAUGGCCAUCGGGCUCAAUGCCGCCAUUCUAAGCAUCGUGACCGAGUGGCUCGCCGACCUAAAGCUCGGCUAUUGUAAGACGGGAUUCUACCUCAACGAAAACUUCUGUUGCUGGGGAGAGCAAAGAGGAUGCGACGAUUGGCAUCGCUGGACAGGAUUUGGGCCGCUCAACUACCUGAUCUAUAUUGUACUAGCUGCCUUGCUUGCAUUUACCGCUGCGACCCUAGUCAAGAACUUUGCUCCCUACGCCGCCGGCUCUGGCAUCUCGGAAAUCAAAUGCAUCAUUGCGGGCUUCGUUAUGAAGGGCUUCCUCUCCUUUUGGACCCUCAUCAUCAAGUCCAUCACCCUGCCCUUGACCAUUGGUGCCGGAAUCUCGGUCGGAAAAGAGGGGCCCAGCGUCCACUACGCCGUAUGCACCGGCAGCGUUAUAUCCCGGCUAUUCAACAAGUACCGGAAGAACGCGGCCAGGACUCGCGAGGUUCUCUGCGCUUGCGCAGCCGCCGGGGUGGCGGUCGCUUUCGGCAGCCCCAUCGGCGGCGUCAUGUUCUCCCUCGAGGAGAUGUCGGCCAACUUCCCCUUAAGACGUUCGGUAAACCCUUUCCGCACCGGCCAGCUCGUCAUGUUCCAAGUGACCUACGACAGGACCUGGCACUUUUUCGAGAUCCUCUUCUUCAUCGUGAUUGGCAUCUUUGGCGGCCUCUACGGCGCUUUCAUCAUCAAGUGGAACCUACGCGCCCAGGCCUUCCGAAAGAAGUACCUCACCAAGUACGCGGUCCUCGAAGUGACCAUGCUCGCCGUCCUCUCCGCCAUUCUCUGUUAUCCCAACCCCUUUGUGAGGAUCGAUAUGACGGAGAGCAUGGAGAUCCUCUUUUCCGAAUGCGAGGGAGAAGAUUACCACGGGCUCUGUGACCCGGACCAGCGUUUCAUGACCAUCAUGUCACUCGUCAUCGCGACCGGCCUGCGCAUCUUUUUGACUACUAUAUCAUAUGGCGCGCGGAUUCCUGCGGCAUCUUCGUUCCCGUAUGCCCUUCUUGGAGCUGCCGCUGCCCUGAGCGGCGUCAUGCAUAUCACAAUCUCCGUCGUGGUCAUCAUGUUCGAAAUUACCGGAGCACUAACGUAUAUCCUGCCCACUAUGAUUGUGGUUGGCGUCACAAAGGCGGUGGGUGAACUCUUCAGCAAGGGCGGCAUCGCCGACCGUGCGAUCUGGGCUAGCGGCAUGCCCUACCUGGACAACAAGGAGGAACACAACUUUGGUGUCCCGGUAUCCCGCGCCAUGACGGAAGCCACGGUCUCCCUACCUGCCACGGGCCUUACGCUAGGUGACGUGGAGGAGAUGAUUUCCGACGGCAAGUAUCAAGGGUUCCCUAUUGUCGAAGAUGAGCACUCCAAGACCCUCGUUGGCUAUAUCGGACGGACCGAGCUCCAAUACGCGAUAGACAAGGCUAAGCGGGAGCGCCCCAUGGAGCGGGGCACGCGCUGCGUUAGCGGCGAAUCGGGCUCCCUAUCAACGAUAUCGUUCGGCCGCUACGUCGAUGCGACACCCGUCACAGUGCACCCACGCCUUUCUCUCGAGACCGUCAUGGAACUCUUCCGCAAGAUCGGUCCUCGCGUCAUCCUUGUCGAGUACCACGGCAAGUUGACCGGCCUCAUCACCGUCAAGGACUGUCUCAAGUACCAGUUCAAGGCCGAGGCGGCGGAACACCCGCGCGACGACCACGACCUGCUGGAAACUCAGGAGAAGCUCUGGCACGUAUUACAACGGGUCGCGGAAUGGGUUUCGGGCAAGGUCUCUACGGCUUCUAGGGGCCGGAUACGUCUUGGCGGGUCAGACGAGCGAGUACGGGGUGGACCGAUCAUGGAUGGCGAUGAAGAGUUGGUUGACGAUGAUGGCGGCGUUGAGCUAGAUAGUCGGUCAUGA